AUGAAAUUAAGUUAUACAUGGAACUUCACUGUGGAAAAAGUUGAGCUGCCCAGUGAGAAGCAUGAGAACGUUGAUGAUGAAGGGAUCGAGAAAACAUCGCCUGUAAUCGUAACGACGAUAUCUCCAGAAAAUGAUGAAAAAGUAUAUUACGCCGAACUUUUAGAACGUGCAGAUAACCCCGAAAUUUCACUAACGAUGCCGGAAGCAUCUUAUAAUAUGUACAGUUUAUGCCCGGGAAUGGGCCUCGAAGGAGAGGCGCUGGAGCCCCCAGAUGCACAAGAAGAUCGUGAUGAAUCGGAAGCACGAAACAGAGAACCAGAUAAUGUUGAGGUAAUUUUGGUUGUAAUUUCUUUGAUGCAGCUUAGAUGUGUUUUAUUCGAAGCCGUUUUGUUAUUAAUUGAUCCUAUAAAAAAAAAACCUAGAUUCGGGUCUGAAGUUGGGAAAAAACCCCGAAAAUUUGAGAUGCGCAAAUCUUUUUGGUACUAA